AUGGCGGGAGAGUUGCCGUGGCCUCCAUCUUCCCAGCAGCAGCGUCGUUUCCCCUCCGGACGAGCGAGGGCGUUGGCUCCGAAUCUAGGACCGGAAGCAACAGGGACUCAUUUCCCGUCACUAUGGCUUCUUACCCGGCUGGCUUCUCUUCCCUGGCUGUCGUCCACGCUAAGAGGCGCGGGCGUGGAGAACGAAUGGAAGGCGGCUAGAGAGGCAAGCUUUGAGGUUGCCAGGGAGCCGCUGACGGCCGACUUCCGUUUCCGGCAACUGUGGCACGAGGAUUCGGUGUUCCGGCCUAGCGGGAAAAUGCGGCCUUUGACUGAAGAGGAGACCCGUGUAAUGUUCGAGAAGAUCUCGAAAUACAUCGGGGAGAAUCUUCAGCUGCUUGUUGACAGGCCCGACGGCACCUACUGUUUCAGACUGCACAACGACCGGGUGUACUACGUGAGUGAGAAGAUCUUGAAGCUGGCCGCCAACAUUUCUGGGGACAAGCUGGUGUCACUGGGGACCUGCUUCGGAAAAUUCACUAAGACCCACAAGUUCCGGUUGCACAUCACAGCUCUAGAUUACCUUGCACCCUAUGCCAAGUAUAAAGUAUGGAUAAAACCUGGAGCAGAACAGUCCUUUUUAUAUGGGAACCAUGUGUUGAAAUCUGGUCUUGGUCGAAUUACUGAAAACACCUCUCAGUACCAGGGAGUGGUGGUGUACUCCAUGUCAGACAUCCCUUUGGGUUUUGGGGUGGCAGCAAAGUCUACACAAGACUGCAGGAAAGUAGACCCCAUGGCGAUUGUGGUAUUUCAUCAAGCAGACAUUGGGGAAUAUGUGCGGCACGAAGAGACAUUGACUUAAAACGAAGUCAUCGCAAGGACUUGUGGCUGUGUCGAAGGGCCUGGGUUUGUUACCUGUGUCUGUGUAGGUGCCAUCAUCGUGUUGAGUUUUGUCAACAGUGUGACCUCUUCAGGGACUUCUUGGUUUAACAUUCUCUUUAUUGGCAAAUGCAGGCUGGAUUCUUGCUGUACAGAAAUGACUCAAAAAUGGGGUUUUAGAUCUUUGUGUUUGUGACUAAAUAGAAUGAAGUGUUUUUUAUUUGAAUCAGAGGGCUUUUCCUGUUCUUAAUCUUUGGAACUAAGGACAAGAAUAGCUUAUUACUGUUAUCUGUGAUAACACUUUGCUUUCCACACUCGUGAUAAGAACAUGAUGGAUUUCUUUGUUAUUUAUUAAUAUUAUGAAUGAUAUUGUUGUAUCAGAACCAUAGGCCAUGUUUGGGAUUUUACAAGUGAGAUUUGGCAAAAUAAUAAGAGCAAUUCUAUUUUUCUAUACAGUAAGUGCUGUGUGGUGUGGAAGAAAACCUGGAUUCAAACCCCAAUUCUGCUGCUUACCAGCUCUGUAGCCUUGGAUGGAUCAUUCAGCUUUUCUAAGCUUUGUUAUCUUUUAUAAAAAACAGCUUUAACCAUCUACCUAUGUGGUUUUUAAAAUCGAAGAUCAUGAUUGUAAACGUCUAGCACAGUGCCUGGCAAGCGGUAGAUAUUCAAUAAAUGAUAAGAAUUAUUAUUUUCAUAUUGCGUAUACUGAGUAUUUCUGUUCUUAAGAGUAGGGUCUGAUGAGUAUAAUUUGAUUAUAUUGGUUUUUAGGAGCUGUUUUGUUGAUCUUUUCUCGGAUGGUAUGAUCGCAAGCUGAAAUCUUUUUCAUCACCUUUGACUUCAUAAAACAUGAUUUCUUUUAUGAACGUUAUCUAGCUGGAUUGGACAAAAGCACUAAUGAUAGACCCUGAAAUAAUAAUUCAGCUCCUUCCUCCUUCCCCAUGCCUUCCAAAAUUAUUUUCAGAAUUUUACAUACAAAAAUCCAAAAUAAAUUAAACUAUUUCUUUGAUGAAUAUACUGCUCAUUUUUUAUUCCAGAGGUAACAUCUUUAAAAAUAAAAUAUUUUUCAACUGCAAAAGGGCACUCUACGAACUCUUGUUUUUAUGUACAAACUGUAACUUGAUUUUG